AUGCCCCUUAUGCUGCAGCUAGAUAGCCACCGAUCACAGUUACCGUCACCGUCAAGUCACGAUACAUCCUUCAACAUUCCUAUUCUUGACCCCAGAAGUCCUCCGAUUCUCGAGGAGGAAGAGAAAGAGGGAGAAAAGGAGGAAGAGGCGGGCAGCGACGCCGUCUUUAAACCCAAGAUGCCUUUAGAAAGUCAGCACCAACUCGAGCUUCCUUUCCUAGGAGAGAUGAACGGCGUAACAAGCGUGCAAAAGGCUGCUUCGAUACCAAACCCGUCUACGAUACUGGAAAAUGUGGUGCCAGAACAGAAGAGAGCAUCGACUUUCGAAGCGCACUCGCCUACAACUCCUGUAUCGAAGAAAUCAGCACCGUCAGACAGACCUUCAACUACCAAGCGAGGCCUGUCGGGACUGUUCAAGAGGACACACUCGCGUUCGGUAUCUUCGCAUCCUACAGCUCAUACGAAUACAAAUUUCGCCAGCCAACUGGACGAACUGUCAAGCAAUUAUGGCCCUGAUGUAACUUUGCCAAAGGAGCACCGUCGCAUUAGCAGAAGAACUUCUGCCUCAAGUUCUGCAUAUACUAGCCAGGCAAAUACCCCACCAAUCCCGGGAUCCCCAGUCAUGCAGGAGAAGACAUCGGCCGAGGUUGUUUCUCCACGAUCUUCUUAUGCCCACAGUAGGAAAAACAACAAGUCUUCGACUGGUCUUGGCAUCCGGGAUCGGCUCAGCAUACACAGAACCGCGUUCCAGCUGCACGAGAAACCGCCCAGACCCGGUUUACAGCGCCAUCGCUCUUCGAGUAUGGAAUCCGCAGGUGUGCCGCAGGCUGAACCGCAAAAUGAGAAUUCGCAAGUCCGACUUCCAUCGAGGCAGGUCUGGGGAAUGGCAGCCGAUACUGGGACUGGACUCAAGUCGCGAAGAUUGAGCAUGAGUCUGCCCGACACCUUCAUGGUGGACGAGGUUGAGCUAUACUCAGAGUUCUGUGACCAAAGCAAGAUAGUUGGGCGUCGUGGAAGGACUAUUGGGAAGGGUGCUACUGCCCACGUCAAGCUAAUGAACAGAAAGGGGGGUGGUUCACCUGAAACAUACGCAGUCAAGGAAUUCCGUGGGAAGUCGAGAAACGAGAAGAGCGAGGACUACGAACAGAAGGUGAAAUCGGAAUUUUCGAUUGCCAAGAGUGCUCACCACCCAAACAUUGUCGAGUCAAUCCGCCUAUGUACCCAUAAUGGACGAUGGAACCACGUGAUGGAGUUCUGCGAUCAGGGUGAUCUCUUCGGUCUCGUUAGCCAGAAAUAUCUCUCCAAAGAGGAUCGUCUGGUUGAUCGACUCUGCCUGUUCAAGCAGCUUGUUCAGGGCCUGAACUACCUCCACAAAAACGGAAUUGCGCAUCGAGACGUCAAACUAGAGAACCUCCUGCUUACCAAGGACAGUACGCUCAAGAUCACCGACUUUGGAGUCUCUGAGGUCUUUGCAGGUAUCCACCCAGGACUGAGAUCAGCAGGGGGCCAGUGUGGAAAGGACAUGGGCGCUGUUAGGCUCUGUGCUCCAGGCAUGUGUGGUAGCCCCCCCUAUGUCGCUCCGGAGGUGGUUGCAAAGAAGGACGACUACGAUCCUCGGCCUCUUGAUGUCUGGGGUGCGGCCAUCGUCAUGCUCUGCAUGUCCGCGAAUGGCGUCUUGUGGAACGAAGCUAAGCCAGGAAGUUCGCCGCUGUACGACGAUCUGGUUCGAGGGUGGGCUAAAUGGGAUGCCAAGCACACCGAGGAAGCCCUUACCAUCACCGAAUCCGACUACCCAUACGUGACGUUCUUUGAUCAACAUGUCAACCCUCCAGCUUUACGGCGAAUCCUCCUCAUCAUGUUGAAUCCAGACCCAGCGAAGCGAGCCACAAUAUCGGCCGUUGCUAAGAAUCGGUGGAUGAAGAACGUCGAGUGCUGCCAAGUUGACAGCUACGACGAUCCAUGUACUAGUAUCGACGCAUCUCGAGCCCGGGUUGGCAUGAAGAGUAUUGCGAAAGUCGUUCAACAUAACCACCUUCCCCCUACCAACCACAUCGGACACAGAUUCGUGCGAUUGCCCGGAAGUACCGACAUGCAUUGA